AUGGAGGCCGCAGUUGCCGAGGCGCGGCGGCAGGUGGCCGCGCUGCAGCGCGGGGCGCCGGCCGAGGCGCAGGCGGCCGGCAGGCGCUUGGCGGAGCUGCAGCAGGGCAGGGACGCCGUGCCGCUGUGCGCCGUGCUGCUGCGCGCCGCGCUUUCGGCGGGAGACCACCCCGCGGCCUUCUUCGCGGCGCAGACGCUCGCCACACGUGCCCGGCUCUGCGGCGACGCUGAGCGCGCCGCGUGGGCGCCGGUGGCGAGGGAGUUGCUGACGAUCCUUGCCACCGCCGCGCGCGCGCCGCCCAGCGGCGCCGCCGUCCUCGCGGUGCCAACGUUGCGCCAGCUGUGUGCAGCGCUGGCACGCUUGUGCGCGCAGCUUGCCGACGAGUGGCCCGAUGCAGUCGACAGCGCGUUGUCGCAGCUCGGCGAGGUGUCCAACACUGGGCCACUGCUGGAAGUGUUGCAGGCCCUCGCAGAGGAACCAUUUAGCCGUCGGCUACUCGUGGAUGGUGCUCGUCGAAGCCGUUUCUUGUUGGCCUUUCGUGGAAAGGUGGGCGCCGUCCUGGGCGCCGUCGGGGCGGCCGCCCGUGCGCAGCCGGGCGCGCCGGCGCUGCGCUGCGCGUCAGCUUGGCUAAGGGCUCAGCCAUUCUUCGAAGAAUGGUUGCCGAUGGUGGGUUUCGAUGCCGCUGGUGGCUCUGGCGAGCACGUGGCGUUGGGCCUGCUGGCUCCGGUGUUUGCGCCCCCAGCGGUGGCGGCCGCGCGCCUAGAGUUCGGGCUGGAGGCCUUCGAGGCCGCGGCCGAGCUCGUGGAGGCUGCGCUGCCGCUGGCUGGCAGCCUGGCGGCCGAGGCUGGCGCCAGCGCAGUGGUGCUGCUGCUCGAGGCUUUCUGCGCCACGUGCGCUCGGCUGGCGGGCGGCGUGGCUGGCGACGGGAACACGACUGGCCUCCCCGAAGUCGCGGGGGCCCUCCUGACCGUGCAGCACGCCGCGUUCUCAUCCGAGGCUGCGCUGCUGCACGGCCACCUGCGCACCCGACUGCUGACCAUGGGCGCAACCUUGCUGGCCUUCGCUGGCCCCGGGAGCGGAGGUGGCUUGGGGCCGCACGCCAUCGAUUGUGAAGGCGGUGCACUCGGCCGUGCUUUGGAUGCAUGGGAGGCACCAGCUGCCCCGCGCCAGGCAGACGGCGACGAUUUCCAGGCGCCGUUGGCAGCUCAGCCGCCGGACCUUGCGGGAGCUCUAGACGAAACCUUCGCGCAGUUGUUGGCGUCGCUUCCGCAGGCGUUGGCGCUGUCACCAGCGCUGCGGGCGGCACCAGAGGAGUGCGACCUGUCCCAGCUGCGCAGCAGGGUGUCGCAAUUGCUGAUCGUCUGGUGCGACGCGAACAGUAAGCGCACAGCUGCUCUGCUGGCUCUACUCACGGGCCUCUGCGGUCGCCUGCAGCCGCUGGACAGCGGCCUGACUGGCGGUGGCCUGAGCACCCCCACGGCCUGCGCAGAGCUAGAGCUGGUGCUCACCCUGGCCACGGCGGCUGCGGAGGUCUUGGCCAGCUCAGGCGAGGUGCACCAGCUCCCGGAGCCCCUUCCUCAGCUGUGCGCCGGGCUACCGUUGAUGCCGCUGGGCGCUGCGCCUGCGCCGUGGGCACGGCUGCUAGAAGCAUCGGCAGCCGAGCUGGUCGCCGCGCUGGACCCUUGGAUCCGACCAGAUCGUGGCCCCCCGUCCGAGAGCAGCCGUAAGCUGGUCUCUUUGGCCUUUCGCCUGGCAAGCAGCCAGCAUGCUGGAGGCUCCGCCGUGGAUGCGCUCGCCGUGGUGGUGUCGAACCUUGCGGAGCAGCUGGCGGCAGACAGCCAGACAGCCGAGGAGUGUUUCGCGCGCCUGCGCGAGAUCUGCCUCGGCAGCGGUGGUCUCCCGUUCAGCCUGCGGGAGCGGCUUGUGACGUCUGCUGUGGGUCCGCUGCUGUCGAGCCUCCCCGAGCAGCAGCUGGCGCUGGCCGUCGAGGCUUUGGCCGCGCCGCUUCGCGCGGCGUCGCCACCCUCUUGCGCCCCAGGACCGCCAACGCCCGAUUCAGUUGCGGCCUCGCGACUGCUGUUCCACGUGCUGGCGGCGCCGCAGCCCCCGCAGGCGGAUGUCCGACUGGAGUGGUUGUCCAAGCACUGGCAGUGGUUUGAGGCGGCCCUGGUGCCCCCUGCAGCAGUGGAGCAGACGAUCGAGGCAGCGUGCCACCUGCUGACCACGACACUCUCCGCUGGCCGUGGCUCCACCGCCUUCGAGGGUGCGCUGCACAGAGCCUGCCCGCUGCUGGUGGAUGCGGCAGCAGGGCGUGGCAGCGUAGCGGCGCUCUCUGCACUCACCUUCACAGUGAGAGUCUCGAAGGGCGGCGGCACCAAUGCCGCGCUCGCUUGCGAGUUAGCCGCGCAAGCCGCCACGGUUGCGGAGCGAUUAUUGGGCGGCGUAGGCCACAGUGCGGAGCAGUUGCCGCCCGACCUGUUUGCGACGCUGCUGGAGCUGUUCACUGUGGCCCUCGCGCCACGUUGCAAGUUGCUGUCGCUGCACCUGCUCUCCACAGGUGCCGCGCUGGGUGCAUUGGUCGCCUCGACAUUAUCAGCGCUGCCCUCUUUCACGAGUCCCCGCAUCGUCUGCUGGGGCCUGCUUCUGUGCGAGCGCCUGCCGCAGUGGCUGCAGCAGGCGGAGUUCCAGCCGCACGCCCAGAACUUGGUCAGCGGCAUCCUCCCUGCGUUUGCAUCGUCCACGUGUGGGCUCUUGGCAGGCUCUCCGGUCGCGCAAGAUUCCCAGGUACGCGAGGCGCUCGCCAAGGCCUUGCUGGCCAUGUUCCGUGCCGCGCCGGCUGCCGUGCUGGGUGCCUUGGGAGAGGCUAUGGGUGCCAUCGCGGUCCCAGCGGAGGAGCGCGAGCUGUUCUUGCAGCAGCUCGGUGACCCAGCGUUGUCGGAGGAUCUGCUGUCGGAGGCGCUGGGCGAGACCGCGGACAGCUGGCAGGCGGACCACCUGCGCCGCGCCCUCGCGUCCUGA